AUGCUGGAGCCUGAUGAGAAGCUCCCAAACAAGCCUGGGAAAGAUCCCUGGGAGGUCUUAAGACCGGGUUGCUUGACCAACCAAAGUAAACAUGGGACCUACAAUGGAGCUUUGUGGAUGACAUCUGCGUGGGGGCCAAGUGCAAAGUAA